UAGCAGUGGGACAGAAGCUGUUCUUGAGCCUGGUGGAACUUUUAUAACUUUUGUAUCUUCCGCUUGAUGGGAGAGGGAAGAAGAGGUGGUCCAGGGUGGUUGGGGUCUUGGUCAAUGUGUUGCACUGCCUCAGCAUAAUCAGUGUCUAUAGGGGGGAGACUGGUUCCUGUGAUGUGCUGAGCUGUGGUCACGCGCAGAGCAGUGGCCAUACUAACCUGUUAUGCAUUCAUAACAGAAUGCUUUCUAUAGUGCAUCAAUUUUUUAAAAAUGCUAGAGUUAUGGGGGCAUUGUUGGGCAGUUAUUGUCUAUAGAAUGUCAUUGACAGGUGUGACACCUUCAGUUCCUUUACUAAUAAUUAUUCCUUUAGAGAGUUGCUUUCAACUCCUGGUAUUGAAGUAGCCCAUACCAAUUUACAGAAGUACUUGAAUAAUGUGUGGCUUGUGACUGUAACCAGUGGGGAAUGAAUUUUGAGUGAGAAGCUUGGUGUUAACUCGACAUUCAAUGUACAGGUUUCCCUCGCUAUCCAAAGGUAGAGCGUUCCUAUGAAACAGUUCGUAAACCAAAAUGGCGUAAAGCAAAGAACCAAUUACCAUUAAUUUAUAUGGGAAAAUUUUUUGAGCGUUCUCAGACCCCAAAAGUAACCUACCAAAUCAUACCAAAUAGCACAUAAAACCUAAAAAACACUAACAUACAGUAAAAGCAGGAAUGAUAUGAUAAAUUCACAUACCAGAAUUGGGAAGAUUAAGUCAAAACCGAUUAGUAGGAUAAAAAGUCGGCACGUGCAUGCAUGCGCACACACCUGCCCGCACAAGGCUUCAUGGUCGUGGUAGUCUUUCUCGGGGUAAACACAAGUUUCAAGUAAGCGUCUUUUUUCAUAAAAGCAAAUCCUCUUUCAGUUAGCGAAAACAGGUACUAAUUUAGGUCUUUCGUAAAAGCAAAAUGUCCUAAAGUGAUCAUUCGGAAAGCGGGGGACACCUGUAUUGAUUAAGACUUCCAGAGUUAACCUCCAAAUAUUAAUGGCAUCAGCACUGGUGCUUUAAAAGUGCCUGACUUGUCUGUCUGUUCACAGCAUCAUUAUCCACAAAAUGUCAGGAAUAUGAUGAAAACUUGCCAUUAGUUCAAACUCCUGGAUAUUGUAGCAGCAAAGGUCAUAAUGUAGCACACAGCAGGUAACUUGGCCGGUACAUUUGCUAAUUCUCUCCAUCUUCAUUGCUGGGCACUUUGGCUGCAGGAUGUACUGUACAUUCUACAGGAAGAGCUGGACAAUUCUCUCUUGUGACCUUCACCUCAAAACGAACUUCAAUGCAACUUCCUUUCCAAGGUGCCUUCUACAGCAACUUAUAAUGAUAUAUUGGCCUGAGUAAACUUUGCAAAAUACUUUGUAGAUGAUAUUUAAAUGUCAACAAGGCCAUAGUGUUGAUUAGGAAGCAAGGCCACAGAAUUUGGUUCACCAAAUGUGGAGAAUUGGAAACCAGCCAGAAAUAAUGGAAGUUGGAAACUGACAUAUGGUACAGGUAAAGUGUUAGUGGAAGCUAGAUGAAAGUAGAGGCUGAGAUGGAUGGACUUGCAGGUAUUGUGAUGAAGAAAGUUUUAUAGCAGGACUGCAAUUUAUCAUGACACCCCACUUUGAAAUCACUGAAGCUUUAUCAUGGCCUGCAUUCUUCCCAAUUCCUCAUGAUUUCCACCUGGUGAUAGGAUCUUCUGCUUAUUACCUAUCUUCUGGAGCUCUUCCUUUGGCUAGGUCUCUUCCUAUUUUCACUUCUUCCUCUUGCUGUUCUCAUGAAUACAGAAAAGCAGGAAAGUCAACCCAAAAUGAUACAUAAUCUGCUAUGACAAAUUAGAACAAAACUCGAUCAGUCUGUCCCUGUGGCUGUUUUCAACAGACAAGAAUUCUUAUUUAAGUAGGUUAUUCUAAAAGGUCAGGCUACUUGUUGUUCUGCUAACGCAUGCCUGGUUGUAUAAAUGCAAUCUUUUUCCUGAAAAUGGUUAUCAUAAAUGAUCUAUCAUGUUGCAAUUCCAUCAUGAUCUGUCAAAUUUUCUUACAAAAGGGCUAAAAUUAAGUUUUUUAAAAAAUCUUGUGCAGAGUGGAGGACCACAGUGCCCACCUGUUUGGUAUCUGGGAUUUUUAUUUAUUUAGCAAUAAGACAUGGAACAGCCCCCUCUGGCCCAAAGUGCUGCAUCACCCAGCAACCCUCCUAUUUAACCCUAGCCUAAUGAGAACACAGUUUGCAAUGACCAUUUAAACUACUAAGCGUACAUCUUUGGAAUGUGGAAGGAAAUUGGAGCAUUUGGAGGAAGCCCACACAGUUAUAGGGAGAACAUAAAAGCUCCUUACAGGUGUCAUUGGAAUUGAACUUCGAAUUCUGGAACGCCAUGAGCUGUAAUAGUGUCACACUCACUGCUAUGCUACUGUGGUGCUCUAGGGUAUAAAAGACAAGUUAUAGAAUCAUAGACUACUACAGCAUAGAAACAGGCCCUUUGCUCCAUCUAGUCCAUGCCAAGCUAUUAAUGGGCCUAGUUCCAUUGACCUACACCCAAACCAUAUCCCUCCUAUCCAUAUUCAAAUUUCUCUUAAAUGUUGAACCCACAUUCACCACUUCUGCUGGCAGCUCGUUCCACACUCAACGACACUGAUAAAGUUCCCCCUCAGGUUCUCCUUAAAAAUUUCAUCUUUCACCCUUAACCAAUGACAGUUCUAAGGUUUUCGCCCAAUCUCUGGAAAAAGCCUGCUUGCAUUUACCCUAUCUAUACUCUUUAUAAUUUUGUAUACCUUUAUCAAAUCUCCUCUACCAAAUCUUCUAUGCUCCAGGGAAUAAAGUCCUAACCUAUAUAGCCUUUCCCUAUAAUUCAGGUCCUUAACUCCUGGCAACGUCCUUGUAAAUGUUCUCUGCGCUCUUUCAAUCUUAUUGAUAUCAUUCUUGCAGGUAGGUGGCAAUACUCCAAAUUUGGUCUCAUUAACAUUUUGUACAACUUCAACGUAACAUCCCAACUCCUGUACUCAUACUUUGAUUUAUGAAGGCUAAUGUGCUAAGUGCUUUCUUUAUUACUCUAUCUAUCUGUGAUGCCACUGUCAAAGAAUUAUGGAUCUGUAUACCCAGAUCCCUCUGUUCUACCAAAUUCUUGCGUGUCCUACUGCUAACCAUGUAAGACCUACCCUGGUUUGCCCUCCAGAAGUACAACACCUCACACCUGUCUGCAUUAAACUUUCAUUUUUCAGCCCAUUUUUAUUGCCUUCCUCACUGGCCAUAAAGCUCCCAAUCUUGGUGUAAUCUACAAAUUUGCUGAUCCAGUUUACCACAUUAUCACCCAGAUCAUUGAUAUAGAUGAUAAACAGUAGACCCAGCUUCAUUUUCUGCGGCACACCACUAAUCACAGGCCUCCAGUCAGAGAGGCAACCUUCUACUAUCACUCUCUGGCUUCUCUUGUAAAGCCAAUGUGUAAUCCAGUUUUCCUCAUCCUGACUGCCAAGUGACUGAACCUUAUUGACCGACCUCCCACGUGGGACCUUGUUAAUGCUUAAUUUAAAUUGUAUUUCCAUUGAAGGUAGCACCAGAAAGCUCAUGAAUUGGCCUCUUUCAAGAUCCUGAAGCAUGUAUGAGCACACAAAGAUGUUGCUUAGUCUAUGUCUUGUCACACUUAUGAGUUUUGAGUAUUGUGGUGGCACCACACUCCACCCUGUCAGCUCUUGGCCAGCAGACUUUUGUACAGAGACAAAUUGUGGCCUUCCAGGUGGUCUAUUCUUUCUCCACUUCAGUAGUAAGCUGCUUAGUAGUCCCACCAGCUAGGCCCAUUAUCUACAAGUCGUGCCUACCACUACUUGUAGAUGGUUGUACUGAUGUUGAUUUACCUGUGUUGCAAUCAGACUCCUUUGGGGCUUGAGACAUCUUCUGCAGUGUUGUAACUGUUGAUGUUCUGGCAUUCUUGAUUUGUUGUUUUCUCUCUUUCUCCUCCCUCCCCCCACCCCCCUUCCACUGGCCACAGGUUUCCAGAUUAUCUGUAAGGAAGUAUAAACUUGGUAUUCUUUGGGUUAGGGCAGUCAUUGAUAGUUCUGUAGUUGUCAUUUUGCAUUCUUAAGUCUUUUUUUUAUAUUAGCGUUGGCAGGACAUUUCCAUACUAGGAAAGAAUACUCAAUAAUGGAGUAAUGUAGAGUGAGCACAUCACAAUAUAUCAUAGGUGGGUGUGCUCUUCCCCUACACUCAACAAUCAAAAGGACUCAGACCUGUGACACAGAUUUUUAUUUUUUCUCUGCUAUGACUUACAGUUAAGCCAUCAAUUACCUGGGGUGCUGCGGUAGUGUAGCUGUUAGCGUUACAGCUUUGGGCAUCAGUUUAUUUAUUUAUUUAAAGAUGAAGUACUGCCUGAGCUGUAAUAGUGUUGUGCUAACAGCUAUGCCACAGUUGCGCCUCAUUUGUAGUUCAAUUCCAGUGUCUUCUGUAAGAAAGUUUGUAUAUACUUUCUGGGGGCACGUGGGUUUCCUCCGGGUGCUCUGGUUUUCUCCCACAGGCCAAAGACAUACUGUUAAUUGGUCAUUGCAAAUUGUCCUGUGUUUAGGUUGGGGUGAAGUAGGUAGGUUGUUAAGCAGUGCACUUAUUGGGCUAGAAGGGCUUGUUCUGUGCUAUACAGCUAAAUAGAUCAUAAACAUUGUUAAUAUGACAGCUGUAGUGAAGAACUAUUUCGUCAUUUUCAGCAUGAUAAUCUACGGUAGCAAUAAAUCCUGGUUUUACUUAUUCAUUUUGGUAUCUGGCCUCUGCUGCCAAGGCUAGUGUUCAUUGCCCUUGAAGGUGAUGAUGAGGCACAGACUUAAACUGCUGCUGUCUCGCUGGUAAAGGUGUUCCCAUGUGGUACUGGUGGGUAGGAUGUAUAAAUAUUUAUACCCAGUAACAAUGAAAUUAAUUAUGGCUUAUUCUUUAAACUUCAGGCACCAAGUUGAGGAACAAAUUUGAGGUUUUGUUUUUCCACAAUGUGUACAGUGUGCUUUUAGUUUUUUUUCAUUUUUGCUCAGAGUUGUGCUACAGUUUACUAGAGCUUAAAUGUUCAUCCUUGAAUUUUCUCUUUUCCAAAACUGUCAGGAAUAUUUGCUUCCAAUAUUUUGUAAAAUGUGAUGAGUUGUUCAUUAUGCUGGGGUUUUUUAAUGCUUGGGCCCCUGUGAACCACUCCUGUGCUUUUGUUUUCAUACAAGCUUAAUAUCGUGCUAUUGUUUAUUACAUUAUGUUCCGGUUACUGUGGAAAAAAUGUAUACAUUAAAUGAAUGAUGUCACUAGUUUGCUGAAAGGGAAAAAACUCAAUGGGCAACAUCAGCAAAAUGAAACAUCUGAAGGGAUUGCGUCCAUGUAACCUGGACUCACCCCUAAGGAAUAAGAAGGAUACUUUUAUUUGAAGAAUGAGAGACCAAACAAUGUAGGUCCAAUGGAGCAUUCACAGAGCAGUUCUCAGAACUCUGUAAUAAAUACACCUGAUCCUUUAUGGCCAGUUGCAGCUUUUUGCCUCCCAUAAAGCAUAAGGGAUUUUGUCUCGUCGGACUAUGUUGUUUGUUGAGCAGCGCAGAAAUAAUCGGUUAAAAUGGCAGACAAUAAUGUUGUUAACAAUGGCAAAGACGAGGCUGGCCAGAGCACAGAAGAUGUUUGCCGGGACUACCUGCGCAAUGUCUGCUAUCGCGGCAAGACCUGCAAGUACCUCCACCCGGAUAUAAAUGAGGUACAUGACCUAGGUGUGAAAAAGAAUGAGUUUGUCUUCUGUCAUUAUUUUAUGAAUAAUGUUUGUACCCGUGCAAAAUGCACAUUCAUACACGGGACAGCAGAGGAUGAAGAAUACUACAAAAAAACAGGGGAGCUUCCCCUACAUUUGCGUUCCAAGGUGGCUGAAACCUAUGGUCUCUCAGUUUCUGACCUGCCUGCUGAUAAAGGUGAGAUCCCGGUAUGCCGUGACUACCUCAAAGGUGAUUGUCAAAGAGGAUCAAAGUGUAGGUUUCGUCAUUUCAAACGUGACAAUUUAGAACAUGAUAUCAAGCUGACACGAGACCCUCCACUGUCUCAGCCAAUUCGUAGAUAUGAUCGAUCGGAUAAUGACAGCGGUAUCAAUUGUUAUGAGUAUGAUCACCGCUUGAAGAGGAGAAAGUUAGAAGGGUUUGAGUUUGAAGUCUAUGAAUAUGAUCUUUCAAAUCGGCGAUCAGUUGAUCCUGGAUACUUGGAGGAGGAGAACAUUAUGUUGCGAAACCGAAAUGAGGAGCUCAAAAAGCAGGUGUCAAAUUUGAUGGGCAACAAUGAGGUCCUUUUGGAGCAGAAUGCAUUUCUCCGCAACCAGAUCAAGGCAGCAAUGCUGAACUCCAUGCCCACAACAGCAACAACUGGGAGAUUUGGCCACUGCACUUCUCCAGGGGUUAAGACAAGGGGACUUUGGGAGUAAAUUGCUUCCAAAAAUUACAAAAUAAUUCUUAGCAUCUCAGCACUGAUCCUAUAUGUUAAGUCUUUACUCCUGUGACUUUGAAUAAGGUUGGGGAGGGUGGGAAAAUAUUAUUGGAAUAUUCAAACCUUGAAACAAUGUUUAUCGCUUUUAAAAUAUAUGGUCAAGAUACAUAACUAAGUUUCUUGACAAGGCUGCGCAAGAAGCAUCAAAUGAAUUUUGGCUGGAAUAACUUUUUUCUUGAUGCUUGCAGCAAUGGCUAAGUGAAAUUACAUUGGGUAUAUGUGUUAGUUGGAAGAGGCAUUGAAGAGCUAGCGCCAAGUAGUUGCCCAAAGUAGGUCACCAUUAUAAAAAUAAAAUUGUUUGCAAAAUGUGAAUACAGUUUGCUGAGGAAUAAGUUUCUUAAUGUUUUAUCUUGUAAAAAGUAAUGUACAAGGCAAAGGUUAAUGAGAGUUACCACAAACCUUUUUUAAAAUGGUGAUCUGGGUUACAGUGUAUCUGGCAAUAGAAUGAUAGUAUCCUUUAGUAUGUUUUGAAUGAACUGAACAAACCUGAGUAUAGCAACUUUAGUGUUCCAAACCACCAUUGAGUGAACUGGAACAGCUUCCAACAUGUCUGAGAUAAUAAUGUAAAACCAUGGCAAAGGAACUCUAAUGUUGAAGUACCUGGAAAUAUAAUACAACACUGCAGUACAUUUGCUCUCAAAGUUGUGUUGCCUUACAAACAGUGCAGCUGGCAUGAGCAAAACUAAACAAAUUAUAUAGGCCAUCCCUGUUUUGUCCAAAAUGGACACUGGAAUAAAAAUGUGUGUUACAGCAUCUCAUUUUUAACUUUUUGGCAGUCUGCAUAUCCUGGAUCUCAUUCUCCCAAACCUUUGAAAUAAUACCAAUCCUCAAUGUGCUUGUAGUCUUUCCCUUGUCUUCCCACACCACCUUGUCCUGCUCUCCUAUGAAUGUCACCAAAACAACCAAAACUUGAGACUGCACACUGAUCUCGCUGAUUAUUGGCAGUUAAAUCAGCAGUCUCCAGAUGCAAUGAAAUAGAGAAGUCCUGAGAAUUUGCAAUUUCGCAGUUGCAUUGGAAUAAAUGCAACUAUACAGUGAUUCUGAAUAAGUGAAAUCUAAUAUCUCUUUUCAUUUGAUUAAAUUCAUACAUUAUGCUUCUAAUCAAAAUAAUAGUAAAUAAAAUGAUAUUUGAUGUUCACUUGGCUACAAAAUAUACUGGAUCAGCAUGUGGUGGUAUUAAUAUGUUCCAGUUUUAUUUCUUAAACUGCUCUCUAAGCUUUAUGUAAGAAAGCAAUCAUAUUAGAGACAGAAACAAAGCUUGUAUGCAAGAAGGCGCAUAAUGUCACUGCUUGAGAGGUACACUUUCAAAACAUUCUUUGGAUUGUAUGCAUUUGGUAGUUUUUGAGUAUAUAACUUACUAUCACUUAAUGCUGAAAAUCCUUCCUCACCCCCGCCCCCAACAGUAUCUAGUAUUAUACAACCCUGUCUGAACUUAGUGAAUGGGAAUAGUUGCUUGCUUAUGAAUGGUUGGGAACAAUAUUCAUCCUUUCCAGCCAAGGAGGCUAACCCCAGUAACCCCAGCCUUUACAUAUAAAAACUAAAAUAUAUUUUUGAGAUGUUUAUUCUUUGAAGGCUUAAGGACAACUAGACAGUUUGGUUUUGGCUAAUGUUGGUCAACUUAGCAUGGACAAUAUAUUCAAGAUACACUUGAACUUAUCUAAGAUUAAUCAGCCAUUGCUAAGAUAUCCAUUAUGUAGUUUCUUAGGAUAUUUUCUGAGUUUAAGGGCAAGUUGAUUUCUAUUGAGAAAAUGGUGGUGAUGCUCAGUAAUUACAACCUUGCGUUUGUUAUAUAGUCUUGAAAAUAAUUUUUCUUGCCGCUCUCAAUCAUAGUUGUAAGGUGUGAAAUGUUUAGGAUUUUUGCGCUAUUAUUUUACUGUGCUAAUUGUGAUAGAAUAAUGCAAAAUGAGUUGGGGCUCAUGGGGUAAAAAGACUUUCAGAACAUUAAAACUGUAGUGAAUGUGCAUAACAGUGAUUGUUGAUGUUGAAUGCAUAUUUCUAAAUUAUAAUAAUCACAUUUGUAUCUAUUUAGGUUCCAUCUUUCUACAUUUGAGUUUGCUAUUCCAAAUACAUUAAUUAGGUAUUGAUACACUGAAACAUUUUCUAACAGAUCCUGUAAAUGAUAAGUCUGGAUAUUAAAGGCAUUUGAAUGGCUGAUCUGAAAUUUCAUGCCUUUAUAUUUUAUGGUUGUAAAGGUUUAAGCGUUUGUGUGAGGAGAAAAAACUUCAAGGUGGUUUAAAUCAACUUUGACUCAAGCAUACGAGAUAACUUGUUUCUUGUUAAAUGCCUUCCUUCUAUUAGUUGCCCUAACUCUAGAAGCCUCCUCCAUGCACUUGCAGUUUUACAGCUUUUAAAAAUAAAGUUUCUGAAAGUCACUUUGUGUAUGAUAAAGUGCUUUUUUUUCCAAUUAUUAAUCCAUAGAUUUUAUUGUUGCACCAUAUGCACAAAUCAAAGUAUAGAUUAGUGUUCAGCUAUAUAAAAAGGGUAGAACAAUUUACUGAACUCUUGGAAAUAUUGACCCAGCCUCAGCCCCAAGUCCUGCUUCCAGAAGCAUAAUUACUCUGAAAAAUAUGGCUAUCAUUGUGCAAAUGUACUUAAUAGCACAUUUUUUUUAUCAUUAAAUUACUAUUAAAGAUACAAAUAGAAAAAUGUGAUGACCUUCCUGACCCUAGUAAUGCAGAUGUUUCUGAUGGAAGCUCUCAUAGUUUGGGGCUACCUGGCCAUUCUUUGCAUUUUACUAAAGCUCCCCAUUGAUACUAAAAUUGGAAAAGAUAUGUUGUAGAUCUAAAGUUAAGAUGUUGAAACUUGUAUUACAUUUGAGAGCUUUAUUCUUAAUAAAAGUCAGGAAGCUAUUUUUCCAAAUUUCUUUCUUUGUUUCCUGAACCAGGCACUUGUCCGGGUGUGUUGCAGGAUGCACCGUCUGAACCUCUCCAAGAUCUUGUUGCUUUUUGAAUAUUUAAAUAGGAUUAUCACAGUAUCCAAUCAUUUUCCACACCAAUCAUUUGCCACUGCAUUUUCUAUCAGGAGAUAACAAGCACAGACCUGAAAAGGAUAAUUGUGCCCAAUGGGCUGUGAUUUACUCACUCAACAAAAUGACAGGGCAAAACCCUGUAAUUGGAUGUAAAUCAGUAAGUUGUGAUUGGAUUUACUAUCAUAUUGAUAGAUAUUUUCUUGCUCAAGAGUAACCAUGAUCUGCUUUAGUCCAGCCUGGUAGUCUUUCAUUAGUUGAGUUUCCAGGCUUCAGUGAUUCCCUAAUAUUUGGAUGAUAGCUUUUAAUUUCAAUGACAUUUUUAUAGCAGAAUGCCUGAAACAGCUUGUUUUGUUACAUAGUUAUGUAAGAAAGCUGAUCUAUCACUCUGAUAAUUUGUAUCUGAUGGUGCAUGUGUAAGAUUCCAAAUAUGGCGCAAAUUCCGCAUUCACUAAAAAGCAGCAAUCCAAAGCAUAUAAUACAGCAAUCUCAAACAUCUGAGCUGUAGAAAAUCCCCAUUUAAAACAAAGCAAGUUCCUCAACACAAUGAAAAAAAAUCUGGUUGAGUUUUGCACUCCUCCUUGAUGAAUAUUCCCCCCCCCCCCCCCCCACAGGUGCAUUCAGUGCCCUCCUAUGCACACACACCCCAUCCAUCUGCACGCACACUAUUUUAGAGACUUGUAUCUGAGAAUAUUUUCCCCAAACCACUUCUAUCUCCCCCUAUACACUACUGUUAUCAUUAUUUAGAAAACUCCUUUUAUUGCUCCUGUCAGAAGCCUCUUCCUCCCUGCCCCCUCCCCCCAAUCAAUCCCUGUCUUUAUUGAUUUUAAGGUCUCUGUUUCUAAUUUUGGUCCUUGCUUGUUUUUUAUGAAUAGUAGUUUUGCCACGCCAAGGGUUUUGUGAUUCAAUUAUCCUGAUAAAUUGCACUAAAGUGCAGGGGAUGCAGACAAUAAGUUUGCACAGGAAGUAAGUUGGAAACAGCAGGACCAAACUGAAAAAAACAAGCAAAUUAGUAGAAAGCAGAUUGGGACUGAAAAUGAGAAGACAAAACCAACUUGAAGAUCUUAACAGGAGAAAAAGGUAGUGAUAGUUGAAAGAGAAUAUUUAAUCCAGAAGUAGUAGGACAGGAAGUUCAACGGUCAAGAAAGAGUGGUAAGCAGUGCUAGACUACAAGUCGAAAUUAAAUGUCAACAUAUAUAGUGCAUUGUCUCUCGGUGCACAAUGAUGUGAAAAGUGUGAAUAUAACUAAAAUAUCCUGAGUGAAAGCCAAAGCCCAAUGAUGGCAAUGGGGGUGGUUUUAAUUUUGAUUCUUGAUAAGGUAAAUCAGAGUUUAAGUACCAUUAAACAGCUGUUAGUGUAGUACCACUGCAUCAUUGUUUUUUCUGUGGCUGAUGCACAUGGGUGGUUACAUCAGUCAACCAUCUUUAACUUGUUAAUGUAAAUACACGUUUUUGAUAGACAAAAUGUAGUUCAUUAUAUAUGUAUACUUGUAUGAAUUCAUCUUGAUGCUACCAGACUAAAAGUGUAAUAGAGUGAUUACUGUCUAGCCUUUAAGCCUUUAACAUUGUUUAAUGUAUAUUUAAGUCUGCUUGAAUCUUCCCCCCCCCCCCCCCCGAAGACAUUCUUCUGAGUGAAUGGUUCCACUUCAACAGAAAAGACAUUGUUAUAAUUCAGGAACCAUAUUGUGGUCUUCAGUUUUCCAUUUGCUUCAUCUCUGUAAGUGAAGGUGGCAAUAAAGGCAUGAAGAAUAAUCCUGCCUGUGCCCUGACAAUGGCUGUGUUGCUCUAAGGACUUCCUGAGAGGAGCUGUAAGGAAAAAGGACACAGUCUUUUCAAGAAGUCAACUUCUCCAUUUUGGCAAUGUUGUAAGUUUUAAUUAUUGUGCUAUAUUGUAUCUUGUCAAUUGUUCUACUUCUGUAAUAUUUUUCUCUUGGAAUAAAUCUGGACACAUUC